CUCCAUGUACAUGUACAUGACCAUUCGGGCGGCAUCGUGACCCCAGAAAUCAAUAUACAUGAGAAUCCCGAUGCUUUCAAAUACGUCAUGGCAUGCAUCAUUUUUGGUCGACGUGACUGCAUUGGAUUUGACCUCACGAAUACAGACGCUGAGGUUGACGAUGUGAUAGGACAGAUCGCCGUCAAUGAAAAUGUAUACAACUUGUUGAAGGUGAUCUUCUGCAAUCAAGGACUUGUAGGCCGCGGAACCAUUUGCUACCUGGCUCGGAGAGAUGGCGAGGAGUUUAUUAUUAAGGAUCAUUGGGUGAAAGGCGACAAGAGUGUAGUGUUGAAUGAGGUGGAGAUGCUGAAAGCUCUGAAGAAUAUCCCUGGUGUUCCCCAAUACGUGGAACACUGUCUUGUGGAGGUAGAGCUGGGCAAAGUCGAUGAUACACAAAUGUAUCGCCAGAAGAUCUAUAAUAGCACCCAAGGUGUCUAUCGCACAGACGUCCAUCUCGUCUUGAAACCACGGGCUCGUCCUUUACACGAGUUUCGCACUAGAAAAGAGCUCGUCAAAGUGUUACGUGAUAUUGUGCUAAGUAAGUGA